CACAGCAGUGAGGACCCAGAGGCCUCAGGGUCUGCAGAGCCCUCUCUGUGUGCCCUGUGGUUCUCAGACAGAGCCUCAUCCUCUCUAAAGAUGGCCUGGAGACAGCUGCUCCUUGUCUCCUGUUUCUCGGCUGCGAUGCUUCUGUCCAUGCUGCAGGAGGGCACAGGCAUGUCAGUGGGCACCAGGCAGGUGGCCAGGCAAGAGGCCCAGGAAGGAGUGGAACAGAAGAUUUUCAUGCAGGAAUCAGAUGCCUCGAAUUUCCUCAAGAAGCGUGGCAAGCGGUCCCUCAAAUCCCGAGAUGAGGUCAAUGCGGAGAACAGGCAGAAACUGCGGGCUGACGAGCUACGAAGAGAAUAUCACGAGGAACAACGAAACGAGUUUGAGAACUUUGCGGAGGAGCAAAAUGACGAACAGCAAGAGAGAAGCCGGGAGGCUAUUGAACAAUGGCGCCAGUGGCAUUAUGACGGCCUGUACCCACCAUAUCUCUAUAACCGCCACCACAUCUGACCUCAUUGUCACAAACCCGGAAGACGGGGCUAGAAACGCAUUAUACUCACCCCAGGUGUUCUUCUCCAGGUGUUUGGGCAACUCUUUCCCACACAAACAGGUCCCUUCAAAGGGUCUCAACUUGAGGUGUGCUGUGGUAAACACAUAAGCCCCUUCUGAUGAGUUAAAAUGCUCUGGCUUUCGCUUCUUUGCAGAUGAAUUCUGAGGUGAGCAAAUACCCAUGGGGCAGCCUGGCACCAAACCUACAGUGGUUUCCUCUUGCUUAGUCAUUGUUUCUGAAGUAAGAGUCCCUUUUGAUACAACAAUGAAAAGAAUCACAGUAGAGAGAGAAGAUUCCAUGUUUGCUUAUAGCUUACAAAUAAACAUGUUGAGUCAACAAUGCAUUACAUUCUCGAAUCCCAAACUGAAAGGUGCCAACCUACCUCCGCGGAGGUGCAAUGUUCCUCACACUGACUUGGGUGUUUGAAAGCUUGAACUCAGGAGUACUGUUCACUGUUUCCUUGGUAUGUCUCAGUAGUCACAUGAGAGAACAAUGCUAAAACAAUUAUUUUGGUGAAAGCAUUCUCUGAGAUGGUUACAGGGUCCAGGUGCACCUCUGAAGAGUUAACGUUCAUUUGACUGUGGUUUUUUAACUGCAUCAAUCAGAAGCCCGGGUUACAGCAAAGCCAGUUGUAACCCAAAUAAGAAAAGAGAUGAAACUGAGUUUUGGUAUCAUCUUCUUUUUCUUCAUAGUGCCUGUAUUAUUUUGUUAGGGCUGCCAUAACAAAAUACCACAAACUAGGUGGCUUAAAACAAUAAAAAUGUGUUCUCUCUCAGUUCUGGGGGCUAGAAGUCUGAAAUCAAGGUGUUGUCAGAGCCACACUCCAGUCAAAGGCUCUAGGAGAGGAUCCUUCCUUGCCUCUUCCUGCUUCCUGCAGCCCGCGCUUCCUUGGCUUGUGGCAGCUUCAC